UUGUAAUCUUGAUAGCACUACUAUAUUUCCUUGUUAUUCCUUAAAUAGGCGUGUUUGGUCAGGCAGGUUCGUUGAUCCCAUUAUUUGAGAAUCAAGGUUGAACUCAACUUAAGUCGUUGGUGACGAUCAAGACGGAUUUGGGGUAGCUGGAGACAAUAAGAAAGACGUGAGACUUGGGCACCAAAUGGUUGGUUCAUUAGGGACGUCCCGUCGUUCAGUCUCGUUCCUAAAUUAAUAGCUCGAACUUGCAUAACUUUGCAAGCUUGUGUAGGUGCAAGAUUUGAAGAGCUUGUAGAUUCUAGAGUGAAGAUUUUUGGAGGAGAAUUGUAAGAGGUCGGAUCAACGGGAGUCUUCCAGUUAUAUGCGGGUUACCGGAAAGGGCACAAAGGUUUUACUCAUUCCCGGAGGAAGAUCGUGACUGGCGGGUGAUCUUGUCGGAGGACAAUCUUAGAGGUUCUUCUUUGUGGUGUGAGAUUCCUGUUCGUACCGAAGACCAAGCGAUGGCAGACCUUCCAUUCUACCAACCAAAAGGCAGUCGGGCUGCGUACGAGCGCAUCCAACAGAAGAAAAAGAAAGUCAUGGUUAGCUCAAGUGAGGAACCUACGACUGAUCUCUUGGAUGCGGUGACUCUACCUUCGCCUGUCGGGAGGGGCAAGCGAUCCGCAUCAUCCGUCGUCUCUGAUCAGUCUGGUGGCUCAAUCAUUAUGAAGUUUCCUGUGGAUGCUGCUGCUUAUACGCCUUGUGCUCCGCUGCUUGAGGAUCGUGCUCGGUUGGAUGCUGCUGGCUAUGACUCGGCUAUGGAGGCUAUCGUUUCCCAUUCAUUUUUGGGUACACGGGGUAUCCUUUACUUGGGGGACAAGGUGAAGGACCUUGAGAAACAACUGACGAAACUUCGUGCCGAGCAGGUCGACUGUAGGAAGGAGAAUCGUGAUUUGAAGAAAUGUAAGGUCGAAUUGGACAAUGUGAUUAAGGGCUUGCAGGAACAAGUGGCGUCCCACGAGCAAGAUGCCGGGAAGCUUCAUGAAGCACUUGAGAAUUUGGAGGCUGUCAGUGCUCGAGUGAGGGUUCUUGAGUUUGAGAUCGUACAAUUGAAGAAUAUGGUGGAGGAUGUUGGGUUAGAGACAGAGGUCUUGAUUCGUGGUGAGAUUUAUCAAGAGUUUCGUGAUGGUAAGUCGGGUGAGUGGGAUGUAGAUAGAUGCAUCCUUGAAAUGGAGAAACUGUUGCAACAAAGGGCUGAAAAGGCUGCUGCUAUCCGGGCUCGGGCGCUUGCCGAAGCUAAUGAGUUAACCGCUACUCUUGAUCGAUUGGAUGCCGAGGAUGCUGCUGGCAUGUUCCAUGGUUCCACUGAUCCCUGAUUGGUGUUUAUCUUUAUCGUUAUGUAGACUUGCUUAAACUUGAUAUGUUUGGUUGUAUUUGGUUUUUAAGAUUAUCUGUACGGAUUUCUAUAUUUAUUUGUCCCCCAGUUUGGGUCUUGGUCGACUUGGAGACUAGACUCAAACUUAGUGUUGUCGUUGUAUUUCAGAAUUUUUCGGCAUAGCCGACCAGUUGGAGGGUUUGAACCUUUGAAUGUUAUGAAGUUGGGAUAUUUGAUCU